CGAUUUGGAUCAGUUGUGGUGUACCAAGCUAAUCAAGUGUACAGCCUCAGCGCGACAAUGCCUGCUGCUCUGAUUCUACUCCAAGGAUGUCCUGCAAAAUAAACUUUUCUCCUCUGCUGAGAAAAACACCUCAGCGUUGCAGUAAACUUUGUGACGUAACCCUUAAGUCCAGCAUGGGAGGGCAAACUGUGCUCAGUGAGGCAGAAGGAACAGAGCUGUGCACGUCAGAAACAUCUGUUUACAGCUCCCUGUCUCUGAAAGCUCACCAGAGGCCAGGCGGGAUGGACAAGCUGCUGAGGAGGUGCCAGAUCAGGACCCCCAUAGUCAGAGAGUGCCUCGCCGAAUGUCUUGGAGUCUACGUCCUGAUUCUGUUUGGAUGUGGCUCUGUUGCACAGGUGACCACGUCUCAGGAAAAAAAUGGCCAAUAUCUUUCAAUCAACCUUGGUUUUGCUUUGGGGGUAACAUUCGGGGUGUUUGUGUCCCGUGGAGUCUCAGGGGCUCACCUGAAUCCUGCAGUUACUCUGAGCUUGUGUGUUUUGGGCAGACAUCCAUGGGUGAAACUUCCUUUAUACACCAUUUUCCAAGUGUUUGGAGCCUUUCUGGCUGCAGCCACAGUUGGUCUGCAGUACUACGACGCCAUUCAGAAGUACAGCGGGGGUCAGCUGACGGUGACGGGGCCGACCGCCACAGCAGGAAUAUUCUGCACCUUUCCAGCUGAAUACCUGAGUUUGUGGGGAGGCAUUAUGGACCAGGUGAUCGGCACCGCUGCCCUGCUGCUGUGUAUCCUGGCUCUAGGGGACCAGAGGAACACCUCCAUACCUGAUUAUCUUCAACCACUCUUAGCUGGAGCUUCAGUGCUGGUUAUUGGCAUCUCCAUGGGCUCAAACAGCGGAUACGCCCUGAACCCGGCCAGGGAUUUCGGACCUCGGUUCUUCACUUACAUUGCUGGCUGGGGAGAUGAAGUUUUCAAGGCUGGAGGUGGUUGGUGGUGGAUCCCUUUAGUUGCUCCCUGCUUUGGUGCACUGUUAGGGACUCUAAUCUAUGAACUGCUGGUUGAAGUUCACCAUCCACCUCUCUCUUCUGAGAUCCAAUCUUCAUGUCAGGAAGCCACUGAGGGAAAGACUCUGGAGCUGGAGGGAGUGGAUCAAGAUGCUGGAAAAUCUUUUUAGUUGUGAAACUGGGAUUUGUAAAAGACUAAAACUUGCUUUGUGAGUGUAAAGCUGACCCUCUGAAGGAUCUGAUUUAGGAAGUCUGUUAAAUAAGCUAUCAGUAAAAUAUUGGCCUUCGUGUUCCUUGGAAGAGGACUGGUGAUAACAUGGCAUUUUCGUUAGAAAGGGCAUCAGCUGUACAGCUAUUUAAUUAUGAUCAUAAACCUCAUGAGUCAUUUAUGCUUCAGUAUAAACAAAGAGCUUAUUGCAUGGUUGAUUUGAGCUAAGGUGAAGCAUGAAGAUAAUGAAGUAACAGUGGCCUGACAACCCCACAUGAUCCAUGUUCGUUUAGGUUUAUUGUAAAUAACAUAGAUCUGGUCUGCCAAGUAAGAUGUGAACUUAUUUAGCACAGGAUCAGAGGCCAAGAGCCACUUUUCUAGUGUGUAUGUUCUAAUAAACCAUAAAACGUA